AUGGAAGGUUUAAACGUACCACUUCCACCCGAGCAGGACGAAGAGGGUGCUCAAUCUCUUCAAAAACUCAAGAAGGUCUCAAAGAGGAAAAUAAGAGCACCGAUAAAGAAAACGGUUGAAGUUAAAAACCAAUUUCAACCGCUGGCCGAGAUGCAGACAGAAGAGAAUAUGGCUACAACAGCCGCGACUACACCUUCAGCCUCCACAUCCACAUCCAAAGCAACCCCCAUCAUACAAGAAAACAAGAUACCGCCUGUAGUCAUGGACAGGGAAAGAUUCACCCUACAACAGCCGUCUCCACCACCUCCCACCAAUAGGGCGGAGCCGGAGCAGACCAGUCAUCCCUCCCAUCUCCCACCAACUACAGAAAAGGCUGCGCACGCGCAACAUCAGGACAUACCCACACCACCUUCAACUGACCAAUCACAGCUCAUGGUCACGCUGGAAGCAGUUGCUGACAGUUUAGAACAAUUAUGGAUAUCGUACAAUUUUAUUGAUAAGACAAAAGGAAACCCUCUUUGUGAAUCUUAUGAAGAAUCUGGUUGGAGAUUAGAAGCGACCAGAAAACUACCACAAUUGGAGAAAUUAGAUGGUGAACCAGUGAAAGCUGUAUUCAGUUCUUGCAAGGUCUCAAUUUCAAAGAGAAAAUUCCACCUGAUUAUCCCCAAGCUUGAUUUUGGGACGCUGAAGCAGGUAGCCGAUCUCUCCAGCAACUACCUGCCGCUGAGCCCUACGAGAGGGGAUUGCCUGAAGGGAAACAGCCCUAGCUGCGACAGAUCACACCGAUGUUUCGAAAUUGACCAACACAGCCGACAAUAUACAGCUCAUUAUGUUAAUCAACAGCAGGAUCCAAUUAUAGUGAGCCUGCCCGCCACAGAUUUAUUGAGAAGAGUAGAUUUAGGAGCGGCAAUAGAUCGCUUAACUAGAGAAGUGGCCGCAGUAAAAGCACAAAAGGGAACGAGAACAAGUCAGAGGGAGAAAGGAUCUUCCAGCAGGAAUCAGAGGUCCUCGAGAAGCAAAAGUAGAAGACGGUUGUGCUUUUACCAUGAGCAGUUUAAAGAGGAGACCGCGUGCCGACAGCCCCGCUAUUGGAAACCGACUAGGGCGUCAAACUAG